UUGCAGCUUCGCAAUUACACCGCAGAGAAGCGGAGAGAGGGGGAGAGAGACCAAAGCGAGCGAGAGAGAGAGAAAAAAAUGAUUAAUCUGUCGAAGGCGAAUUUCAGCUCGCUCUGACAUUCAGCCACGGUUGAACGCUUUGAUGCACGCUUUUCCUUCACGGGCAGCGAGCCGGUGCGACGCCUGUAGCGGUAGUAGCAGGUGGCGCUUGUGUAACCGUGCGGAGUCUCGACGCUCGUCCUCCGCCGCCUGAGCUGCGCGUCGUUUCAGCACCGGACAGCGACAGACCGGGAGCCGCGGACGCGGAGCGCACCGAGGGAAUCCUGAGCUCCGCCGACACAGCAACGCAGCCCGCCCGACCCUCGCUUGGCUCGGGGGCAAUGCUCGGCUAGAUGACUCCACCACAUCAACAAGCGCCACGGUAGUCCUGGACUAAUAAUACAGCAGCGCCACGUCCCCUCCUCCUUCCCCCUCACCUUCCUUCUGUCUCCAUUCGCUGAUUCCAAGUCCUCCCGACAAAAGGCACCAUGGGAAAUCGUGGCAUGGAGGAUCUGAUCCCGCUGGUCAACAAGCUGCAGGAUGCCUUCAGCUCCAUUGGCCAGGCCUGCAACCUGGACCUGCCGCAGAUCGCGGUGGUCGGUGGUCAGAGCGCGGGGAAGAGCUCUGUGCUGGAGAACUUCGUCGGCAGGGACUUUCUGCCCCGUGGUUCUGGUAUCGUCACCCGCAGGCCUCUGGUUCUGCAGCUCAUCAGUGCAAAUGCUGAAUGGGCUGAAUUCCUCCACUGCAAGGGGAAAAAGUUCACAGACUUCGACGAGGUGCGCCAAGAGAUUGAGGGUGAAACCGAUCGGGUCACAGGGGCCAACAAAGGCAUAUCUCCCGUCCCCAUCAACCUACGGGUUUACUCCCCUCAUGUGCUGAAUCUGACCCUCAUCGACCUGCCGGGAAUCACCAAGGUGCCAGUUGGAGACCAGCCUGUUGACAUCGAGCAACAGAUCAGGGACAUGAUCAUGCAGUUCAUCAGCCGAGAGAGCUGCUUGAUCCUGGCGGUCACCCCAGCAAACACUGACCUGGCCAACUCUGAUGCCCUCAAACUGGCGAAGGAUGUGGACCCCCAGGGUCUGCGGACGAUUGGUGUAAUUACCAAACUGGAUUUGAUGGACGAGGGAACAGAUGCCCGAGAUGUUUUGGAGAAUAAACUGCUGCCACUGCGAAGAGGGUACAUUGGCGUAGUAAACCGCAGUCAGAAGGACAUUGAUGGCAAGAAAGACAUUAAGGCAGCUAUAGAGGCUGAGAGGAAGUUCUUCCUGUCCCACCCAGCAUACAGGCACAUGGCUGAUAAAAUGGGCACCCCUCGCCUGCAGCAAGUGCUCAACCAGCAACUGACCAACCACAUUCGGGACACCCUGCCAUCCUUCCGCAGCAAGCUGCAGGCCCAGCUGUUGGCUCUAGACAAGGAGGCAGAAGAAUACCGUGGAUACCGGCCUGAUGACCCAUCUCGCAAAACCAAGCAGCUGCUGCAAAUGGUGCAGCAGUUCUCUGUUGACUUUGAGAAGAGGAUUGAGGGUUCAGGGGAUCAGGUGGACACCGUGGAGCUGUCUGGUGGAGCAAAAAUCAAUCGCGUCUUUCAUGAGCGCUUUCCUUUUGAGCUCGUCAAGAUGGAGUGUGAUGACAAGGAGAUGCGGCGUGAGAUCAGUUAUGCCAUCAAGAACAUUCAUGGCAUCAGGACUGGGCUUUUCACCCCUGACAUGGCAUUUGAGGCUAUAGUGAAGAAGCAGAUUGUGAAGCUGAAGGAGCCGUGCGUCAAGUGUGUGGACAUGGUCAUCCAGGAGCUGAUCAACACCGUGCGCCAGUGCUCCAACAAGUUGGAAUGCUUCCCGCGGCUGCGUGAGGAAACCGAGAGGAUUGUCACCUCUCAUAUCCGAGACAGAGAGAGUCGCGCCAAGGACCAGGUUCUGCUACUGAUUGAUCUGCAGCUCUCUUACAUAAACACCAACCAUGAGGAUUUCAUUGGCUUCGCUAGCGCUCAGCAGAGGAGCAGUCAGGCUAAUAAGAGCCAGAGUUCAGCAGGCAAUCAGGUCAUCCGUAAAGGCUGGCUGACCAUCAACAACAUCAGCAUCAUAAAAGGAGGAGCCAAGGAGUACUGGUUUGUGCUGACUGCUGAGAGUCUCUCCUGGUUCAAGGAUGAUGAGGAGAAGGAGAAGAAGUAUAUGCUGCCCCUGGACAACCUGAAGGUCCGCGAUGUGGAGAAAAGUUUCAUGUCCAGCAAGCACAUAUUCUCCAUCUUCAACACUGAGUCCAGGAAUGUCUACAAGGACAAUCGCACUCUGGAGUUGGCCUGUGACUCCCAGGAUGACGUGGACAGCUGGAAGUCAUCUCUCCUACGUGCUGGGGUCUACCCUGAGAAGACCACCACGGUUGAGAGCGAGACGACCACCACCACCGAUAACUUCUCCAUGGACCCUCAGCUGGAGCGUAAAGUUGAAACCAUCCGCAAUCUGGUGGAUUCCUACAUGGCUAUUGUCAACAAGUGCAUCCGCGAUCUCAUCCCGAAGACCAUCAUGCAUCUGAUGAUCAACAAUGUAAAGGACUUCAUCAAUGCGGAGCUGCUGGCAUGCCUGUACUCUGCAGGCGACCAGAACGCCCUCAUGGAUGAGUCCCAGGAGCAGGCCCAGAGGAGGGACGAGGUGCUGAGGACCCACCAGGCCUUGAAAGAGGCCCUGGCUAUUAUAGGUGACAUCUCUACGUCCACUAUCACAACCCCUAUGCCUCCGCCCGUUGACAGCUCCUGGGUGGGAGGAAAUGCCGGUGGUCGCAGGUCUCCUCCUGCCAGCCCCACAGCCCCUAGGAGGAUGUCUUCAGGUCAGCGGCCAGCUCCCAGAGGGGCCCCACCACCACCAAACCGCCCAGGACCUUUGGGACCCUUCAAUAACAGUGCUGAUAGCCCUCAGGCUCCUAGCCGCCCCAACAGGGCCCCUCCUAGUAUCCCCAGCCGGCGACCACCUCCAUCUCCUACACGACAAGCCCCGCCAUAAUCAUCUAACGGCGUGCAUCAAACCCUUCUCUCCUUCCCUCAUCCACUCCGCCCCUCCCUCUUAGCCAUGGCUCUGCUGUCCUCUUCUCUCCCUAGCGAAGACGCUGAAAUCUUUGACCCCUUUGAACCUCAGUUUCCUGCCAGGUGAAGACGUCCAUAUAUUUAUGUACAGUACGGUACUUGUCUUGUGGUGUAAGUAUAUGUGCGCUUGUUGCUCGCCUGUGAUCCAGGUUUGCUUAGCAGGUCCACUUCCUUACUUCCCAAAUCUCUGCCCCCACUUCACUCCUACAAUUGAGCCAGCACCUCCAGUUGCUGCUUCUACAUAAACACAAAAAAAACAACAACACAGGCUCAGCAGUCAUACUGCCCAACUCAUUCCAAAAUGCAGCAUGCCACAUAAGCUGCUUUUAUUGCAUGGGAGUGUGUGAGUGUGUGAGUGAGUGUGCGUGUGCGCGCGUGCGUGUGUGUGCGCUUGUGUAUUGUGUGUGCGUUUAUGGGGGAGGGAUUAAUUUGCCUAUAUGUAGGCUGAGUUUGAUUUAGUAUUGUGUUAAUUUAUUGUAUAAUGCCCCCCCUCCCUCUGAGUGUUAAUUAUCAGCUUGAUGUUCUCUUAGGAACAGAAGUUGUAUCUUAGUAUAAGCGUGUUUUUGUGCGAACAAAUACAUUGUACAUGUGCAAGUGUGUACGUGCGCGUGUGGGUGUGUGAGAACACGUGUGCAUGUGCCGUCUCUGCACGUUUGUUGGCGUUUCAGUUCUGUUUGUUUUCACUGUCGAAGCUGUUAAUGAUGAAUCAUAAACCCCGCAGGGGGGGUAAGUUCAGUGUUUGACUUUUGUGAGUUGUCCAUGUGUUGUAGUAGCAGCCAUACACGCAUAGCAAGGCCGAGGAGCACCUUCAGUAUUCUCUAUAUGGAAAACAGCCUCGAUAACACAUUUAACCUCGUCAUAGGUGUCCACCUGUGCUGUAUCCAUGGUCAGACUGUGACCCUGAUGGCCUCAAGCUCCCAUUCAGAUGCUGACUGGCGAGAUGGAUGGAACUGCAGCUUUCACAUGGUUAAAAUUAUCAAAGGAAAAAAAAACAAAGGCAGUAUGUAGUUUUUUUAACACGUGAAUAACCAUCCAUCCACCCUCUAAAAGCUGCUGGGUUAAAAUGAACCUAGUUUGGGUUGUUUUGUUAUGCCAGUCCUGGGUCAAACAUGGACUAGUAAAUCUAGUUGAUUUAACACAACAGGGUUGGGCAUGGAUUUGAUCCUGCUUUAAUUGAGUCCCAAAAUGUGUUACGGUAGCCAACGAGUGAAGUUCAGGCUGCAUGAGUUGCAAAGGAAAAACCGAUAACGUUGAUGACUAAACAGAUAGUAUUUGAAAUAAAACAAAUAAAAUGAUUUCUUUUUUUUCUUUUUUAUUUAAUUCUGACUGAUCAGAAAUGCUGAAAUGAAUCGUAACUAAAUCAAAAAUGUUAUUCACUUUGUGAUUAAUUAAUUAUUUAAUAAAUAAUCAUUACGUUUUAAUGACAAAUAUUUGAAUUUAGAUGACAAAAUUCUCAUUCAACAUAUAAUUACCUGUAUUUUUGCUUUCAUUAUGGCAUUUUUGGUUAAAUAUCUUCUGAAAUAAGUCCAAUUUAAACAAAUACUGUUGAAGUACAGUAUAUUGCAGGAAACAUCAAAGUACAAAAUAAAAUAGAUUUAAGCCUAUCUAUAUUGGGUUUAUGAUUAAAGAUAGCUAGCAGUAGCUUAUGCUAACUACAUAGCAGCUAAAGGGCUAAUGAGUUUGUCCAGGGUGAAUUAAAGUCCUUAACACAACCCACUAACAUUAAGAUCUUUAUAAAACAACGUUACCAGCGUACCAUUUCUUAUUUCAUCCUUCGGAAGAGGUGCAGUAAAGUAUGACCAGAUUCUUGCAUAGUUCAUAGGCCUGUGAAGAGGGACGAGGCUUCUUCUAGCCUAAACCCAACAAACUGAUGUUUGACCCCUUGUUUGGUUAAAGCUACUCUUUUUCUGACUCAACAGAAUAAACCUAACAUUUGCGUUCAAGAAACAACCCAGCUGUUUUUAGAGCGCACUCAUAGAGGAUUACAGGAGGGCUAGAAUCUAUUCCAGACGUCAUUGGUGUCCAUCGCAGGGCCAACACAGACACAAAAAGAAGGACAACCAUAUGACAUGUUCCCAUUUAGCCUUUUUCUCAGGUCUGACCCAUGCGUUUAUACCCAUCAUAAGACUCCCCAAUCCCUCUUUUAGCCAACUUGUUGAUCUACUCGAAAACUCCGAAGCCAGUCCAUCAGUAUUUGAAUCAGAGCUUGAGGUUGUAUUGUCAGUGUUCAAGUGCUUCUCUGUCACUUUGUUAUUGUGUAUGUAAGCCUAAACUGUAUUCUGAUGUAUAUAGGUAAUGAUAAGGACAUAGUGUACCUGUGGACUCUAAAGACCUCAUCAAGAAUUCUAGCGCUUUAAUCCUUCUCUAUAUCUGUAUUCACUAUAUUCUCUCCUCUCUCUAAUUUAGACUGCCUUACUGGCAUGGAUUAUAAUUCUUUAUUGCCAAAGUUAAACACAGAAGGAGAACCGUGAAGAAAAAAGAAAUAAGCUAAAGAUUCCGAUCGAUGUGAAAUUGGCUACGAUUGUUUAGCGGAGGACAUGUUGUUAAAUUUGGAGAUGCACCAGUUGUUACUUUCUGUGUCUGUAUCGCUCCUCAAUAAACUUCUUCCUCAUGUCA